AUGGACAGUUAUCCUCAUUCUGACUCCGGUAACACUCACUUGCCGCCCGGUUUUCGUUUCCAUCCGACUGAUGAAGAGCUCAUUACUUACUAUUUGUUGAAGAAAGUUCUUGAUGGUACCUUUACGGGUCGAGCUAUAGCUGAAGUUGACCUUAACAAGUGUGAGCCAUGGGAGCUUCCUGAGAAAGCGAAGAUGGGAGAGAAAGAGUGGUAUUUCUUCAGUUUAAGAGAUAGGAAGUACCCGACGGGGUUGAGGACUAACCGAGCAACCGAGGCUGGUUACUGGAAGGCUACAGGGAAAGAUAGGGAGAUUUAUAGCUCCAAGACUUGUGCUCUUGUUGGAAUGAAGAAAACCCUGGUUUUUUAUAGGGGAAGGGCUCCUAAAGGUGAAAAGAGUUACUGGGUCAUGCAUGAGUAUAGGCUUGAAGGCAAAUUUGCUUACCAUUGUCUCCCCACAAGCUCAAAGGAUGAAUGGGUUAUUUCUAGGGUAUUUCAGAAGAGUGGCGCUGGCAAUGGUUCUAGCAGCAGCCAUGGCUGUGUAGCGAGGAGCCGCAUGAACACCUCCGUUUCGUUUUACCCAGAACCAAGCUCUCCGUCAUCGAUCUCCCUUCCCCCUCUCCUUGAUCCCACCAAUAUUUCCCUCACUGACCGUGACAGCUGCUCUUACGACAGCCAUACUCACACUGAGCACGUGUCCUGUUUCUCCACGAUGGCUGCUGCACCCUCCUACGUUGCCGCCGCUCCCACUUCCACCCCUUUUUUUCACCCCGGUUUCGACCUCGCUUUGCCACCUCCGCCUCAAAUGAUCAACACAGGUUUCGAUUCACUCUCGAGGUACUCACGUACCGCCGGGGUUUCAGGAUUUCAAAGCCUGAGAUCUCUGCAGGAGAAUUCGGAGUUCCCUUUCUCUUUGUCUCAACCAACAUUGGCUGCUGCAUCGCCGCUUGACGGCGAUUCCCCACUGAACUUCGGCGCUGUAUCCGAGGAGGGCAACAAUGUCAAUGCCUCUGGUGCUAAGAUAUCCAUUGGUUCAUCUGUGUUUGACUGCAUGUGGACUUGGGAAUUAUCCCAUUAAUGUUUUUCUUCAAAUUAUGUUGUCAUUAGGAGUAAGCUUAGAAAGGGACUGGUGAUUAACGUCAGCCGAGAUUUCCAUUUCAUGUCUGUAAGAUAAUGUUCUAUUACCAUUAAUUAAUCUGUGUUUUCUUCUGCUUAGCUGACGGUGACUUGUCC